AUGUUGUUUAAAGAAGACGAUCCUAUGUUUCCCGGUUCGUUCGCUAACGCAUUUCGGAGACUUCAGUCAAUCGAGCGUCGUCUCAUUAAAAACCCCUUGCUUUACGAAGACUAUAAGGCUUUUAUGAACGAAUAUUUAGAUCUUGGCCACAUGCAGCUCCUUACAAAUGGAAAUUCGUCGGAUGGAUAUUAUAUUCCCCACCACUGUGUUAUAAAGGCUGAUAGUCCUAGCACAAAACUUCGCGUAGUUUUCGAUGCCUCCUGUCCUUCGUCAGAAGGCAAAUCUCUCAAUGAUAGUUUAUUUGUAGGUCCAAAACUUCAAAAGGACAUUUUGACUAUUCUUUCACGCUUUAGAGUUCAUCCCAUCGUGUUCACCGCAGAUAUACGACAGAUGUAUCGUCAAAUUUUGAUUCUUCCUGAACAUCGCAAAUUUCAGAAAAUUUUGUGGAGAAACUCCCCACAGGAACCCGUUCAGGAAUAUCAGUUAAAUACCGUUACCUACGGAGUGUCGUCUUCUCCCUUUUUGGCAAUUCGCACAUUAGGCGAACUUGCAUCUCUGGAAAAAACUCGAUUUCCUCUCGCUUCCGAAGUCCUGGUUAACGAUGUUUAUAUCGAUGACAUUAUUACAGGUUGCUCUUCGAUUGCUGAAGCUCAUAAUUUGCGGGAUGAACUAAUUGACUUGCUCAGUACUGCAGGUUUCGAAUUAAGAAAGUGGUCUAGCAAUGACCCUAGCAUUUUAAACAAAAUUCCUCUUUCACAUCAAUUAGAUCAAGCUCUUGCGUUCAAUAGUGAAUCAGAGUUUUUCGUUAAAGUUUUGGGACUGCAAUGGAACCCGCGUAACGAUAGUUUUUCUUAUAGUAUUCAACCGUUCAAUCGUCCGUGCGUAAAACGAUCGCUUUUGUCUGAAUUGGCUCGCAUAUUCGACCCUAUUGGGUUUUUGGCUCCUUUAACUUUUUACGCAAAACGUUUAAUUCAGUAUCUAUGGACUUUGAAGUUGUCUUGGGAUGACUCGCCUCCUGACGACAUUAUUUCGAGUUGGACGCAAUUUUGUUGGGAACUUCCCCAAUUAGCGACUUUGCAAAUUCCCCGAAAAAUUAUCGUAGAAAAAGUUCGGUUGUGUACCCUUCAUGGUUUCUGCGACGCUAGUGAGUCUGGUUACGCCGCAGUGGUCUAUUUACGAAGCGUCUCAGUUACCCAUGCAAUAGAAAUUCGUCUCAUUUGUGCAAAGUCAAAGGUAGCGCCGUUGAAGAAAAUUUCCAUUCCGCGUCUAGAGUUAUGUGCGGCAGUUUUAUUGGCCAAGUUAAUAGAUUACACCCUUACCACGUUUAAAGGUGUCAUAGAGAUUGAACAAGUUUACGCGUGGUCCGACUCUACCAUAGCCCUUUCGUGGAUUCAAUCGUCUCCUCACCUUUGGAAGGUAUUUGUUAGCAAUAGGGUUGCUCUCAUUCAAUCGUUAGCACCCACUGCUACUUGGCAUCACGUUUCGUCGGAUGACAACCCCGCCGAUUGCGCGUCUCGUGGUUUAAAUCCAAUGCAUCUCCUGCAGUACCCGCUAUGGUGGGCGGGACCCACUUGGUUACGCAAUUUUGAUUUGGUCGUAGGUAAAUCGGAGAUACCAGAUUUGAAAAAUGACUCGAUAAUGGUAGAAGAACAACGCAAGGUUGUCUUAAUUCUUCAAACUGUAAUGAAGCAUCCGGAUUCCGGACGAUUCUAUGGUGACGUAGGAGUCAUGCGCUCAAGUCAGUUCCACCACCACCGGCGCUCGGUUUGUUUACACCGUGUCGCCAAUAAAAGGGCGAAACCGAGCGUUCUCCAGCAGUUGCUCACUGUGCAUCAAACCGAUUGCGGUACUAAUUUCGUUGGUGGCUAUCGCGAGCUUAAUCGUCAUAUGAAAUCAGCCGCAGAACGUGAACGUCUUCGGUGGCAUUUUAACCCCCCAUCAGCCCCUCACUUUGGAGGGAUUUGGGAGGCCGGCAUUAAGUCGGUCAAAACCCAUUUACAUCGUCUUAUAGGAGAGCAAAUCCUCACAUUCGAAGAAUUGUAUACGGUUCUAACUCAAAUUGAGCAGUACUUAAUUCGCGUCCUCUUUGCCCGGUUAGCGCCGAUCCUAACGACCUCUCAGUUUUAA